AAGUCAUUGGUGAAGUCAAUGAAGAUUUUGUGCCCCUAUUUCUUACACAGGUUAGGUAUCGAUAUCAAAUAUGUCAGGAAUUGAUGUUGCAUCCUUUGCGAAAGAUUUUUUGGCUGGUGGAAUUGCAGCAGCAAUAUCCAAGACUGCUGUAGCACCUAUAGAACGUGUGAAACUACUUCUGCAAGUACAACAUGCUUCUAGACAGAUUUCACCGGACAAACAUUAUAAAGGAAUGAUCGACUGUUUUGUUCGUAUUCCGAAAGAACAAGGAUUUCUAAGUUUUUGGCGUGGAAACUUUGCCAACGUCAUCAGAUAUUUUCCCACACAAGCUCUCAACUUUGCUUUUAAAGACAAGUAUAA